GACGAAGAUGACGAUGAAGAUUUCGAGGAAGAGCUGACAGACGAGGACGAAGCGGAAAUUGACGUGGAGAUGAAUCGGGAUGAGCCUCUUAGCGCACGGGUGCUUUCGGUCUGGUCGCUUCUGUUUUUGGUCGACGAGGCGUGGCAGUUUCUGGAUUACGGAAAUGUGCGGCCCUGGCGAUUGAUGUGGACGGUGGGCACGCCGGUGGAGCUGGCAGCAAGGCUGGGUAAGGGCUUCGCGCUGCUGUGGGAAAGAUGGAAAAAAAGUGCGAAGCAAGGCAGAGACAUGAGCGAUCGCGACUACGCGGAAUUCCUUCGCCUCAAUGAACGCAUACGGACGGUCUGGCUGGCUUUAGGCGUACGCGAAAAGAAGACCGGGGGCGACUGCAUCGUGACGAAGGUUCCACUCGUAAUAAGAGCAGACGUGAAAAACAAAAAGGCAAAAACGAUUGCAAACAAAGAAAAAGGACCAGUUGAAGCACCAUUCAAGAAAAUGACCCUGAGAAGGCUACCGCAGAAAACCACGGCAGAGCUGAAUAAUGUGUUUUUGCAGCACGCAAUAAUUACGACUGGGGUGCACGUAUUGCCGAAUUGGGCCACAGAGCAACAGUAUAAGGAAUGCAGUGGUUCGGAAAAUUCUGAGGACCAGAAGAUGAAU